AUUGGUCCCAGUCCAUUGUUGCGUAUUGAUUGCUGCGGAGUGGUAUGGUUUUCGGUGGUGAGACAUUUGGUCGUCGGUGGCCGUUGCGGUGCUGAGAAGCGCAAGGUUACCGCGAAUUCUGUGCUCCCGUAGUGUGUUAGUGAAAAAAUACCGUCGUUGUCGUUGUGAGACUUGAAAAGCGUCGUUCCGAUGAAAGAAUAAUAUCCAAUCGCAGAACUGGAUAUAAAAUACUCAAAAACAGAAAACGCGAAUAAGCAAACAAAAAAACAAAAAGAAUUAACUAACUGCUGUUUCUCCUGUACGAAACGGAGGUGUACAAACCAUUCGAGAGGACGUUCUCUCUCUUUCUCUCUCUCUCUCUCUCUGUCUCUCUCACUCUAUUUCUCCUUUUUAUCUUCCUUGCGCGAAGUAAAUAUCUCAGAUAAAAGUCAUCGGAGCAAGGGCACCAAAAAUUUGUUCAUACGAGUAUAAUGAAGCGCAUCAAAUGCCCCAGACAUUUGGCUGGUCAGUGCCGGUGAAUGUGUCGCCAGGAGGCAGAGUUCUGCCGGUAUGACGUGCACCGACGCGACCACGGAGCCACCUCCGGUAGACGAGUGCCUCAAGGUACGGAAAUGGUGGUGCUUCGUCCUGUCCAGCAUCUUCACCUUCCUCGCGGGGCUCCUGAUCGUCCUACUCUGGCGGGCUUUCGCCUUCCUCUGCUGUCGAAAGGAGCCAGAAUUUGCUCCCAAUGACCCCAAGCAGAAGGAGCAGAAGGCGGCCCGCCAGGGUAAGGAGUUCGAGGGGACCUUUAUGACAGAGGCGAAGGACUGGGCCGGCGAGCUAAUUUCCGGGCAGACAACUACUGGACGCAUUCUCGUGGUCCUGGUCUUCAUUCUUAGUAUCGCAUCGCUUAUAAUAUACUUCAUCGAUGCUUCCAAUUGCAGCGAGAAGGUGGAACGGUGCCAGAAGUGGAGUAACAACGUUACUCAGCAGAUAGACUUAGCUUUCAAUAUAUUUUUUAUGGUCUACUUUUUUAUACGCUUUAUCGCCGCCAGUGACAAGCUGUGGUUCAUGCUAGAGAUGUAUUCGUUCGUGGACUACUUCACGAUACCACCGUCUUUCGUGUCGAUAUAUCUGGACCGGACGUGGAUAGGAUUGAGGUUCCUUCGAGCCCUACGACUGAUGACAGUUCCCGACAUCCUACAGUACCUAAAUAUAUUAAAGACGUCGAGUUCCAUUCGUCUCGCACAGCUAGUUUCAAUUUUCAUCUCCGUAUGGCUAACUGCCGCAGGUAUCAUUCAUCUGCUCGAGAACUCCGGAGAUCCGUUCGAGUUUACAAAUCCUCAACAUCUAUCUUACUGGACGUGUGUUUACUUCCUGAUCGUAACAAUGUCUACCGUUGGUUACGGUGACGUUUUCUGCCAGACAAUUCUUGGUCGCACAUUCCUAGUGUUUUUUCUACUCGUCGGUUUGGCGGUGUUUGCCAGCUGGAUCCCAGAGAUCACCGAGCUAGCUGCGAAUCGCUGCAAGUACGGCGGGCAGUACAAGCGCGAGCGAGGACGAAGACACAUUGUCGUUUGCGGUCACAUCACCUACGAAUCAGUGUCGCAUUUCCUCAAGGACUUUUUACACGAGGAUCGCGAGGACGUCGACGUAGAAGUUGUAUUUUUGCACAGGAAAGAACCAGAUUUGGAGCUCGAGGGUCUCCUGAAGAGGCAUUACACGACCGUGGAGUUUUUUCAGGGAACUAUGAUGAACGCAGUGGACCUGGAACGCGUCAAGGUGCACGAGGCGGACGCGUGUUUGGUAUUGGCCAACAAAUACUGCCAGGAUCCAGACGCGGAAGAUGCUGCCAACAUUAUGCGUGUCAUCUCUAUCAAGAAUUAUUCCGACGAUAUACGCGUUAUUAUUCAACUUAUGCAAUAUCACAAUAAGGCCUAUUUACUCAACAUUCCAUCAUGGGAUUGGAAGCAGGGUGACGACGUAAUCUGCCUGGCCGAAUUGAAGUUGGGUUUCAUUGCUCAAUCCUGCCUAGCCCCAGGUUUCAGCACUAUGAUGGCCAACCUCUUCGCCAUGCGCUCCUUUAAGACGAAAUGGUUGGUUGAUUGGAACCAGUCGCCUGAUAUGCAGGCAUGGCAGAAUGACUACCUUCGUGGAACGGGAAUGGAGAUGUACACCGAGACACUGAGCCCUACCUUCAUUGGAAUGCCCUUUGCCAAGGCCACUGAGUUAUGCUUCACGAAACUGAAGCUAUUGCUGCUGGCUAUUGAAAUAAAGGGGGACGCGGGAACAGACAGCAAGAUUUCAAUCAACCCACGGGGUGCCAAAAUUGCGGCGAACACUCAGGGAUUUUUUAUUGCUCAAUCAGCCGACGAGGUGAAGCGAGCGUGGUUUUACUGCAAAGCUUGCCACGACGACAUCAAAGAUGAGACUUUAAUCAAGAAAUGCAAAUGCAAAAACUAUGUUGGGAUGAUGAUGAUGCAGACUGGCAUGGUGAAGGGGGGCUCUACCUACCACAGUUACCUUGACGUGGCCACAUUCCGGAAGGGCGUGAGGGCUGUUCAGAUGGUUGGAAGAGCAAGUGAGGACUUCUCGUAUGCAAACGAUCACCAUCCUCCCCCCACAUUCACUCCGCCAGAACUACCCAAGAUGGUUCACGUGCGAGGUGAAAUCAGCCGCGAACGAGACGACCUGAACGCGAUGCGAAAUCAUCGGAAUUCCGUAGGCAUGACGCUGAUGAACUCAACGAAACAGGUUAACAAAGUUAAACCGAACGUCAACAGAACUGCCAACGACAGCUUGUCGAGUCCAAAUCAACCGUACAAUCAGAGAUCGCAAGAGGAGUCUGCAUACUCUGGUUACCAUCUCGCCUACGAAGUCAAAAAACUCAUGCCGACGAGCAGAGGGUCGGGUGGAAAUAACGUGAAUAACAAUGGAGGACUUCAGAUUGGAAUUGCUGACGAUCAGGCAAAGGAUUUUGACUUUGAAAAAACGGAGAUGAAGUACGAUUCGACCGGAAUGUUCCAUUGGAGUCCGGCGCGAAACCUCGAAGACUGCAUACUCGAUCGGAAUCAGGCAGCAAUGACCGUUUUGAACGGACACGUUGUUGUUUGCCUUUUUGCCGAUCCCGACUCACCUCUAAUUGGACUGAGAAACCUUGUCAUGCCAUUAAGAGCUUCCAAUUUUCACUAUCACGAGCUUAAACACGUAGUCAUAGUCGGUGCUGUGGAUUACAUUCGUAGGGAAUGGAAAAUGCUGCAGAAUCUACCCAAAAUAUCAGUUCUCAACGGCUCGCCGCUUAGUAGAGCAGAUUUGCGUGCCGUGAAUGUAAAUCUCUGCGACAUGUGCUGCAUUUUGUCGGCUAAAGUGCCUAGCAACGAUGACCCUACCCUCGCCGACAAGGAGGCCAUCCUCGCAUCUUUAAAUAUUAAGGCUAUGACCUUCGACGACACAAUCGGGGUCCUUAGUCAAGUUGGUAGCCCCAUUGUACUGCAAAGACGAGGAUCCGUCUACGGGGCAAACGUGCCGAUGAUCACAGAACUUGUGAACGACAGCAACGUACAAUUCCUCGAUCAAGACGACGACGACGAUCCAGACACUGAGCUUUAUCUCACACAGCCGUUCGCCUGUGGUACCGCAUUCGCUGUUAGCGUAUUGGAUUCCCUAAUGUCGACGACUUAUUUUAACCAAAACGCACUGACGCUCAUCCGGUCAUUAAUCACCGGGGGAGCGACACCUGAACUUGAAUUGAUUUUGGCUGAAGGAGCUGGCUUGAGAGGCGGUUACAGUACGGCAGAUAGCCUUUCGAAUCGGGAUCGAUGCAGAGUAGGACAGAUAUCUUUAUACGACGGGCCAUUGGCCCAAUAUGGUGAGGGUGGCAAGUACGGCGACCUUUUUGUCGCAGCAUUAAAAUCGUAUGGAAUGCUGUGCAUUGGUCUGUACAGGUACAGGUUUCGUGACACAAGUUCAUCAUGCGACGCCUCCUCGAAACGAUACGUGAUCACAAAUCCCCCUGACGAUUUCACUUUGCUGCCUACGGAUCAGGUAUUCGUUUUAAUGCAGUUUGACCCAGGUCUGGAGUAUCGGCCUAACAGAGGAGCGCGAGGAAAAGACGACGCCUCCUGACUGUUGCUGUGUAGCGCCCUCACCGACGGACCUUAUUCUUACAUCUAAUUGAAAUUGGUGGCCGUCAUGCCAAGAAAAACCUUCCCCAUUUACGGUACCGUACGCCUUUCUUUGCCGCUUGCGUUAAAAUUAAGCGUUACCUGGUCGUAUCUCGCAGCCGAAGUUGAAGAUGAAGAUAAAAAAAAAAGAAAAGAUCAACAUUAAAAAUUUGCAACCAAUCACCUCUUUUUCAUAAAUAUUAUCUACAUCACACACAUAGUUACGCUAUACAUGCGUUAUCACAAGAACAUGGAAUACAAUUUUGUUCUUUCGUUGUUUUUUAUUUCAUUUCAAGUCAGUCUUUUACAUUUAUACCCAUAACACAUAAAUGACGACUAGACAUUGCUAUUUUAUUUUUCGAUUUCAUUUUUCAAUUGUUUUUCUUAAACUAGAAAAUUGCUGUAUGUAUAACGUACUUACAUAUAUCGGCGAUUAAGAAAAAGGGAUGCUGGUAACAAUGGCAUGACAGACCCGGUCCGAGGGCUGCUACACGCUGCUUAGAGUGUCUCGAGAUAAAUGAAAAUUAAAUUGAGAUUCUACAAGGACAGCUGACAAAAUUAUUAAUGACUUAUUGAGAAAACACGAAAAAAUAAAUUAAAAUGAACCAGAAAAGAAAACAAAGUAAAAAAAUAAAUAAAUAACAGAACGACUAUGUGGACAGUGUAAAAAAUAAUAUGGAAAACCCUAAUAAUAAUGAUAAGAUUAAUAAAGAUAAACCUAAAUAUAAUAUAACGGACCUUAAGAGAGAGAAAAAAAAAUAAUUAUAUAUCGAUAUGAAAAAUAUGAUUAAAAAGAAAAACGCAAUAAACUAAUUCUUUUGUGAGGUCAUUUUAUUAUUAUCAUAUAUGCGAUGAGGAAUUGGUGAUUUGAUUCUCUGCAAUUACACGGAGCCGUGUUUUAAAGUUUGAAACUGAUGACGGUCUCAGAAUAAGCGACGACGAAGAUGACGAAUGAGAUAGAAAUGAACAAGACAUUUGGAAGAGUUCGUUGAAAGAGAUAAAAGUUAUAGAGAAUAAUUGUAAGAAAAAGUUGAAAAAAUGAAAAAAAAAAUGUAGAAAAAGAAUGAGUGACAGAAUAAAUUUGGCGAUUUACGACUCAUUUUUUCAUCGUAUACUGGUCUGCAUUAACGGUAGUCAGAUUGUUUUUCUCUUCCUUUUAUUUUGUUCAAGUGGAUUUACAUUGUACAAUAUAGUCUCUUAUAAUAUAUUAUAGUAAAGUAUACGCAGUCAAAGUCAUACAUAUAGGUAAUAUUAUAAUCGUGCACAAUUUGAGACUAUAUUAUUAUUUGUAUUUUUUUUUUUUUUUUUUUCUUAUUUAACGUCAACUUUUUAAUUUUUCGAUUGGUUUUUUGAUAAAAAAUUCUGUUUGCAGUAAAUUAAAUCUGCAACGCCAUGUAUUAUACCGUUAGUGUGAUGUAUGCGAUGAUUUUAGCGAUAAAAUGAUAAAAAUAAUAUAUAAUUAAUUGAAUAAAUCGUGAAAACGGGAAAGGGAUUGACGAUUUGUUGUAAAGCUACGUACCAGGUGUAUCUGGAUGAAAAUAUGAGACAGAUGAGCGACAAUCUCUCUGUGAUGAUAGUUUCGAUCGAAGUGAUCAAAAUGUUUGUGAAGGAAUGAAGAUUAUACGUAAGAUAUACAGACGAAGAAGAGAGACGAAAAAGGUAAAUAUUAAUUAAAUGAAGAAAAUCAAUGUGCCACAGAUAUAAAACAUGUAUAAAACAGAGAAUAAUAAAAAUAAUAAAUGAGAAUUGAAAAGAAAAAACAAAUUUUUUUAAACUGAACCCAUAAUAAGUGCGGGACUAAAUGCAAUCUUACCUCGUGUGUCUUGUUUACGACUAACUAAAACUCUCAAUCAUCCACUUUGUAUAGAAUAUAAUAUGAAUAUUAAAAAUCGAUAGGAAAAGGAGAAGAAACAAAUAACACAAAAAUUACGAAUAAAUUAACUGCUACAACUGGAGAAACAAAACGCAAAAUGAAAAUUUAGAGAACACGCAAGAGAAAAUAUGAUAGCCAAAUGAAAAAUGGAUGAAAAUAUCCUUGGAGUAAUGAAAAAGGAAUACCAGAUAAAGAAUAAAUAAAAUAAAAAUGAUAUAUAUAUAUAUAUAUAAUAUAAAAAUGAAAACGCAAAGAAAAACAAAUCUAUAAACGAAAAGCACCCUUUUCCACACAAUUUUUAGUAAAUCGCUAUUAUAUAUAUUACGAUUAUUAUAUACCAAUCACACAAAUGGAAAUAAUUAUUAUAAAAAAGAAAAUUAAAAAAAAAAAAAAAAAUAUUCCCACCCCACUCAAAAAAACGAAGAAUAAAAAUUCAACAAACGAAUUGAAUAAAUUAAAAGAAUUCUCAUCAAGCAUUUUCCCUUUUGCAUAUUUUUGUGAUCAUCACCGCGAUUGUAACGACAUACUUAUUAUAAUGAAUUUUAUGCACAUACUUAUAAAUUUGUAUAUACAUAUGCGUGUAUCACAAUAUAUUGAAUACUAUAUGUAAAAUAAUAUACAAGGAAGAAAAAAAACAUACACACGCACGCACACGUGCACCAUAUCUUCGACACAUGAAGCUACACACUACGUAUAUGUGUAUACAUUUGUUAUAAAUAUCAGAGUGAAAUGAAAAUAAAAAUUGGAAAAAAAUUGAAAAAUAAUCAUCCCCAUAAUCCAGACGAAACGAAGUUUCUGCUUGGUGACUGUUCUUUAGACAUUAAUUAAGAUAUUAAUUAAAAAAAAAACCAAUGCUAAUAAGAAAAAUUAAAAGAAGGUCGCUCGAUAACAAAAAAAAAAAGAGGGGAAAAAAGAGAAAACAUCAAAUACAAGAGGAGAAGAGAAAAGAAAGGGGAGAAAAGGGGAGAAAUGGCAAGGAUUAAAAGAUUAAUAAAAAUAUUCAAAAAAAUGAAAUCGAUUAAAGACAACUAGCUGUGGUAGUCGCUGCCGUGUUCGUAUAUUAUGUAUAAUGUGUAUAACCGCGCUGAGCUGCCGCUGCCGCUGAGUUGCUGCUGCUGCUGCUGCUGCUGUUGCAUCGAUAUCAACGUGCACUGUUUCACUGCCACUGCAGUUACCGUGUUAUCAUUAUUGCAUAGUCAAAAUAGUUUUAUUGAGAUAAGGGAAAAUGUUUUACACCGUCGAUUAUCGAUAUACCUACUGCGUUGUAUAGAUAGAAGAAAAUAUUUAAUUGUAACGCAUACUAUUGUCUUACUGUUGUUAAUAUUUAUACUAUCGUUUCUAUUUUCAAUCAUCAUCUGUUGAUGCAUAGUAUAGAUAUAAAUGUACCUAUAUUUUUUUCAUUUUACCAUUAAUAGAAUUAUUAUUAUUUUUAUUUUUUUUUUGUAAUUGGUUACGGAGAGGAGAGAAUUCUAAGGGAUGAUGAAUAGAUGACAUACCUACUGUGUGCGUAUGCCUCGCCUUGCUGCAUAUUUUUUAAAUUCAAUUUUCAUGUAAUUAUGAUCGGUACUCCGAAAAAUCUGUACGGCAUAGUAAUGAUAUUUGACCGGUCUUAGGCGAACAAGUCGUGAAAUCAUUGCAUCUUAUCCACGGAGUUUUUGAGUUUUUUUUUUCUAUUUAUUACAUUUGUGGUGCAUGAUGAAGUAUGAAUUUGAUAUCGAAGUCACCGUUUUUUUUUCUCUCUUUCCCCGCGAAACAAGAAAUUAGAAAAACGAAUGAAAAGUAAGUUAUUCUAUAUAAUUGCUUACCGAUUAUGAUUUGUAAUCGUUCAGCGUUAAUAGAAUGUUUUAUUUCCUUAGAUUUGAAAAAUUUACUAUUUUUUUUUUCGGAGAAUGAAAAUCUAUAUAUUUUCCUUUCUUAUCUUGAUGAAAUUAUAAAUGUAAUUCAUAUGCAUUAAAAUGUUAUUAUGCAGAUCGGUCGUGAAAUUGCCAAUGCCUGCAUAUGUGUAGUAUUUUACAAUGAAGAAAAUUUUGUAUAUUACAACGAGCCAAGAUAGGUUACCGUUAUAAAAUAUUUAUUAUGAAAUAAUUCCUCAAUUUUUGCACAAUGUAAGAAUUUCCAGCGCUUUUUCUCUCUUUAAUUAUCCAAUUUCUCCCCCACAAUCAUCAGAUUUCAACCUUUCCUUUUUUUAAUUUCAUUUCCCAACUUGAUGUUGGAAGAAGUUUUGUUUCCAUCUUUUUUUCUGUUACUGACAAUGAAACCAUUUUCAUUAAAUAUCCUUUGGUUUCCGUUAUUAUUAUUAUUAUUAAUUUUCUUAGCACCAUUACAUUGCUUUGGUUUCAACAUAAGUAUUAUGACAUUGUACGAUUGACAUUUGUCGAAGCACAUGGACAUGCACAAGCCUCUUCGAUAAAUAGGUAAUUUAAAGAGUGCAAAGGUGAAAAAUUCAUUCCAAGUUAAAGAUACAUGCACGAUACGCGUGUCAUGAAUUAUUAAAUGAACCGCGAUAAAUAGCGAUUGGAUGUUAAUCACGGCGAUACUUUAUUGGCUCAUUGUGAAAUACAAUGAUUAUUCAUGCACUCUCUUGAUAAUUAAUUCAUGCACCAAUCCAAUCAACUCGAUCACCCUUAUCAUAAUUAUUAUCGUGUAUAAUUAAUUAUUAUAUACGCUCGUGGUGCAUCUGCGUGUAUGUAUGCGACGUAUGCAUCUAAAAAAUGAUUUUAUUAUAUACAUACAUAUUUAUAUGUUGAUUAGGCAUUGCAUAUAUAUGUAUAUAAAUUACGCUCAUUAUGUAAUGUAUAAAAAAGAAAGAGAAAAAACCCAAAAAAAGAUUAUAAAGAAAAAGGCGCGCGGUGUGCUUGCCACCUUCAAUGCCUCAUUGACCUCAUCUAAUGCUUUUUUAUCUGUACAUUUACAAUUUGUGUACCAAUGAGGAACGUUGUUUAAUCAUGUUGUUGAUGUUAUUGUUAAAAAAUGAGAUUCAAUAUUGUACAUAACUAUAUAUUCAUUAUAAUUGAUGAUAUGAAUAAUUAUAUACAUAAAAAAAUGA